AUGGUAGUGCCUUCUCCAACUUCCAUAAGAACCAGGAAAACAAAAGCAGUAGGAAUUCCGACGAUCGACCUUUCUGUUGAAAGGUCGCAGUUGUCGGAAUUAGUAGUGAAAGCUUGUGAAGAAUAUGGUUUCUUCAAGGUGGUGAACCAUAGUGUACCAAAAGAGGUUAUUUCUAGGCUGGAUGAGGAAGGAAUAGAGUUUUUCUCAAAAAGUUGUUCGGAAAAACGUCAAGCUGGUACUUCUACUCCUUUUGGUUAUGGCUGCAAAAAUAUUGGUCCUAAUGGUGAUAAAGGCGAACUUGAAUAUCUUCUUCUUCAUUCCAAUCCUCUUUCAAUCUCUGAGAGAUCCAAAACCAUAGCAAAAGAUCACCCCAUAAAGUUCAGUUGCAUCGUCAAUGAUUACAUAAAAGCAGUUAAAGAGUUAACAUGUGAGAUUCUUGAGCUAGCAGCAGAAGGAUUGUGGGUCCCUGACAAGUCCUCACUCAGCAAAAUUAUCAAAGAUGAACAUAGUGACUCACUUCUUAGAAUCAAUCACUACCCUCCAGUGAAGAAACUAGGAAAUGAUAAUUGGGACCCAUCCAAAAUUCAUAAUAGCAAUCAUAAUAAUACUACUAUUGGUUUUGGAGAACAUUCUGACCCUCAGAUCUUAACUAUCUUAAGAUCCAACGACGUGGGUGGUCUUCAGAUUUCAACUCACCAUGGUUUGUGGAUCCCUGUCCCUCCUGACCCCAGUGAAUUCUAUGUCAUGGUUGGUGAUGCCCUUCAGGUUUUAACAAAUGGAAGAUUUGUGAGUGUGAGACAUAGAGUUUUGACAAACACAACAAAGCCUAGAAUGUCAAUGAUGUACUUUGCAGCCCCGCCGCUGAGUUCGUUGAUAAGCCCGUUACCGAAGAUGGUGACGGCCCAUAGCCCAAGUUUAUAUAGGCCCUUUACAUGGGCCCAAUAUAAACAAGCAGCAUAUUCUCUGAGAUUAGGAGAUACACGCCUUGAUCAAUUCAAGGUUCAAAAACAAGAAGAUAGCAACAUUGAACAUGAUUCUCAUUCUCUAUAUAACGCUUGA